AAGAGAUGUGGUGACGCUUACCCCAGAAACCAGCUCAGUUCGGGGCGUUGUCAGGCUCCUAAAUGACAGUGGUGUUGGACUGGGUGCUGCCUCGGGGUCAUCUGCUGGAGUUGGGGUGGAGCCCUGCCUCUGCCCUGCGGGCCGGGGUCUUCAGGGUUGGGGACAGCUGGCCUCUGCUGCGGAGCUAAUCCAGAAGGGCAGCUAAUCGCGCUCUGUGCCCAGCAGAGGGCCCUGCCUGGCCCAGCCAGGGCGGGAGGGAGCUGCUGGGCCCCCGGAGCAGGCUGGCAAUGCCAGACGCCUGGUGGGGGCGGACCCAGCGGCCAGCUGCCUGUCUCAAGUCAGCCCGGCACUCGGUCCGGCCUCACCUCCUCUCGUGGACAGCUGCCUCCCGCUCGUCCGGCCAUGCGGUGGCUGUGGCCGCUGGUCGUCUCUCUCGCCGUGGCGUCAGCUGUGGGGCCCCGCAGAAUCCCCGGGGGCGCCGCCCUGCAGCGGGGCCGGUCUGUGCGAGGCACCGAGGAGGAGGAGGAGGGGGCCAAGGGGGUGCAGCAGUAUGUGCCCGAGGAGUGGCCUGAGUACCCCCGGCCCAUCCACCCUGCCGGCCCCCAGCCCACUGAGCCCGGGGUGGCCACCAGCCCCCACCCGGACGGGGCUGUGCGCGCUGGGGGCAAUGCGACAGGGACGCCGGGCCGGCCGCUGCAGAUGCAGAACCCCCUAUACCCAGUGACCGAGAGCUCGUAUGGGGCCUACGCGGUGCUGCUCCUGGCCCUGGUGCUGUUCGCCGUGGGCAUCGUGGGGAACCUGUCGGUCAUGUGCAUCGUAUGGCACAGCUACCACCUGAAGAGCGCCUGGAACUCCAUCCUCGCCAGCCUGGCCCUCUGGGACUUCCUGGUCCUCUUCUUCUGCCUCCCUGUCGUCGUCUUCCACGAGAUCACCAAGCAGAGGCUGCUGGGCGAUGCUUCUUGCCGGGCGGUGCCCUUCGUGGAGGUCUCCUCUUUGGGCGUCACCACCUUCAGUCUCUGUGCCCUGGGCAUCGACCGCUUCCACGUGGCCACCAGCACCCUGCCCAAGGCGAGGCCCAUCGAGCCGUGCCCAUCCAUCCUGGCCAAGCUGGCGGUCAUCUGGGUGGGCUCCAUGACGCUGGCCGUGCCCGAGCUCCUGCUGUGGCAGCUGGUGCAGGAGCCCAGCCCCACCGUGGGCACGGUGGACACGUGUGCCAUGAAGCCCUCGGCCCGCCUGCCCGAGUCCCUCUACUCGCUGGUCAUGACCUACCAGAACGCACGCAUGUGGUGGUCCUUCGGCUGCUACUUCUGCCUGCCCAUCCUCUUCACGGUCACCUGCCAGCUGGUGACGUGGCGGGUGCGGGGCCCACCCGGCAGGAAGCCGGAGUGCCGGCCGGGCAAGCAUGAGCAGUGCGAGGGCCAGCUCAGCAGCACCGUGGUGGGCCUGACCGCCGUCUACGCGCUCUGCACCCUCCCCGAGAAUGUGUGCAACGUGGUGGCUGCCUACCUCUCAGCCACGCUGGCCCGCCAGACCCUGGACCUCCUGGGCCUGGUCACCCAGUUCUCUACCUUCCUCAAGGCAGCCGUCACACCCGUGCUCCUUCUGUGCGUGUGCCGGCCGCUGGGCCGCGCCUUCCUGGACUGCUGCUGCUGCUGCUGCGAGGGCUGCGGUGGGGCUGCGGCAGGCGGUGUGGACGGCAAGCUCAAGACGGAGAUGGCCGCCUCCGCCUACUUCCACAAGCCUAGGGAGGCGCCCCUCCUGGCCUUGGGCACGCCCUGCUGAGGCCCGGCUGGGCAGGACGAUGCCCGGUCCCCACAGGCCCUGCUCUCCAGAGACGGACUUGGCUCCCCUUGCUGGAGUCCAGGCGUGUUGGGACCCCCUCCCUGAGCCCCUUCCCUGUCCCUCUGGGGCCACCUGUCCCCUUGCUGGUGGGCGGUGAUCCUCCAGGUCCUUAGAGCUGCUGGGAGCCAGACCCUCACCUGGACCCAGCUCUGCCACCUGUCCCCGUCUGGAGCCUGAGUACACCUUCCUUGUGUCCCUCUUGGCACCGUGCGUCCUGGACGGCGGCCUUGGGGGCUCGCAGCUGGGCUCUUCCCUGGUGGGAUCGUCCCAGCCCUGGACGCCUCCUUCAGGCGCUGUCUAUUUUCCAGGAGGAUUUCUCUCUCCAUUCCCCUCUCCUUCUCUGAUGUACCUUGGUUAUCCUAUCCCCACAUCCUUGUCAGCACCCCCAUGCCCCACCCCCGGUAGAAGGCCCUUCUUGGAAACAAUAAACUAGAUAGAACUAGCCCUGUGCCCACAGGACUUUCUUGUGCCACAUCCUGGCAGCACCCAGAUGCACUGGGCCUUCCCCUCCUGGCCACCGUUGGCCCUUCCCAACCUGUGGCUGGUGUCCUAUGGGACCCUGUGGAUGGAGGAGGGGGGCGCUGGGGCACUCUGACCUCAUGCCAGCCUGAGCCCAUUGUUCCCGGGAGGUCAAACACAUCUCCUCUGGAGCCCCCCGCCCCCCAAAGCCCCCACUGGAGGGAAACCAGCAGCCUUUCCUCCUGAGCAGGGGCUUCCAGCCGCUCUGACUGUGACUGCGGCUCUUGUUCAGCUUCUGAGAAUGGACUGUUUGGCCUGCAGACGGCCCAGCUGCCUGUCCCCUGCUUGCCCCCACCCCACCCCACCCCACCACCCCCUUCCUGGCAGCCAGGGCUCUCUCAAUGCCCCACAGCCUUCCGCCCUCUCACUGGUCCCCCGGGCCCUUCCAGAGGCCCCCUUAGCCCUGUCCGGGCCCAGCGAAGUGGGCACGAGGCCAAGCAGAGGGGCGCCUCAGCCUAGGCCAUGGAGCACUCCGGGUCCUGCCAGCCCACCCUUCCCGCUGAAGUGAGCUGUGGGUCCCGUGGAGAUUUCUGCUGCCAGCUCUGCCCAGAAGCCCUGUGCCAGCCUCAGGAGGGUCCCCAGGGCCAGGACAGUGAGUGAGACACAGGCAUUGCCCAGUGCCUUGGGCUCUAUCUUCCUCCGGCCACCCCACCCACACCCCUUGGCCUCAGCCUGCCCUGGACCCAGGCCCCCUUCCCCCUUCCUGGGGAUCUUAAUGGCCUCGUUCUCUCUCCCUGGCACCCACCCCCAGGACGGGUGACGCCAAGAGAGAGGGAGGCCGUUGCUAGGUGAUGGCGCUGCCAGGCGCACACUCUUUGUGCUGGAGUGACAUCCACCCACUUCUCGGCAGACCAGCUGCCACAGUGACUGAAGCUCCCAGCUUUGCAGCAACUUAAGAUGGGGGGGGUGCAAGUUGGAGAGGGGCCGAAGGUAGGCUAGUGUGCUAGGGUCACCGGCCCCCUCCCUCUGCAUCCCUCUCGACUUCCGCUCUACCCCCACCCCACCCCUGUCCAAGACGCAUCACUGGCUCCCUAUGGGAUGUCAGGGUAGGGGUGGGGGGCUGGGGUGAAGUCAGGACUCAGCGAGAGCCAGAGGGGGCGCCAGAAUGGGCGGCCGAGAUCAGGGAGGGGUAACUCCGCAUCCCGUUUGGGGGGCUCUGCCACAAAGGCCACCCCCUACCUCUCCCUGCCCCUGGCUGGCCAGCUUGGAGCUGAAGGGGGGAGAAGGUGGCUCCGAGGCCCGGCCACCACCGCUGCCCCGGCCAGCCCGCCAACGUGAGUGGCUUGCAGGAUGAGUCAGCCGGCCAGCAGGCCUUGGGAAAGAGCCACUGUCCCUCCAGCCGGGCCAGCUGGGGGAACAAUGUGGCGUUUGUUGCCUGGGUGGGAGCCAGGCUGGCAGUGGUGGGUGGUGGACCUGAGCUGGGUCUUUAGGGGACCAGCCCUCAGACCCUGAUACCAGCCAGGUUGGGAGCCAGCCCCCUGCACCCCACCUCAGGACACACACCUUGCAGAAUCACCUCCCUCCCGCCAGAAGGGACGCCGUUACCAGAUCCCCACCCCCCAACCCCAGCAUGGAGGCCUGGAAUCACCGAUCAGGACCAACAGAUACUGUUCCAGCACCUUCCCUCCUUCCUUUUGGGGGUUAUUUCUCCAGAACGGCAGCGCAGGCUUGGCCAGCCAUGUAUGGGUCCCACACCCGGUGCACACAUAUGCACGGUCUGGCCUAUCAGGGACCUGCUAUGCAGGCACAAGGCAGGAUGCCCGCCUGCUGUUAACCAGCUCAGCCUGUCUUAUCUCAAGGCUCAGCUUCGUGAGGCUACAGGAGGCGAGAAAGGCAGAUCAGGCCUGAGACUCCCUGUCCUGCCCUCACCUCCUGGGCCACCUCCACAGCCAGGAGAGCCCAGGGGAACAGCCUGGCCUCAAAGGGCUUGUGUCCCACUCCCAAGGAGCUGGAAGCCACCGAGUAAUCUAGCGCCACCUCCUUCUUUCCUCAAACUCCCCUGUCCAGGCUGGAGCCUCCAGGCCAGACUCUGCUCCCAAGACCUGGGAGGCGGCCUUCUCCCUGCAGAAGCUGCAGAGGUGCCAAGCAGGGGAGCCUCCUGCAGGGGGCGGGGCGGAGGAGGCGGGGCUUAUGCUAAAACUGGGUCAAGAUGGCCCGGGAUCUGGGGAUCAAGGCUCUAGGGCCACAGCAGCGGGCCACGGUGGGCGGGCAGCUCUGAAGUGGGGUGGGUGAGGAUGGGCUGGGAGUGGCCAGGAGAGGGAGGGCGAGGCCUCUCCCAGGAAGCCAGCAGACUCGACACCAAGGGAAAAGCACUCAAGGGGAAGCCCUGGGCUCUGCAAGUCUGGCACUGUCCCCGCCCAGCGCUGGCUGCAGGUGCAGUCCCGAACCACUGGGGGUCCCUCCGCACAUGUGGGGGCAGCAGGGCAGCUCCCUACACAGACCUCCUGGACACUCCUGGCCAGCAGCGGCUGGCUCAGGGCUGGGGACACAUGAAAGUCUCCAGAGGAGGAGGUAGGAGGCUGGAGGCAGGCGUUGGGAGGUUGCCUCCUCUGCAAAGGGCCAUUGCGUGUGUGCUCAGACUGAGCUGGUGCCUCCCUCUGGCCGUUGUGCCUGGGGUGGCGGUGGCCCGAGUCCCUGGGCCUGCGGGCAUCCCACACCACCCAUGGAAAAUAAGCCGCACCAUGGACCCCCCCCAACACAAAAUCGUCAUUUAUUCUUGUUAGGAGGCAAAAAAAUGUACAGUUACAAGAAUCACUUUCCAAACAGAGGUUAAAUAUGAGCUGAAAAGUGUAAAAAAGGAAGAGGAACAUCACUUUACAAAUCAUUAAAUUAAACAAAUAAACAAACAGAAAACAAAA